GUCAUGGCCGCGUAGCUGGUGGCUGCUGAAUCUCGGAUUCUGCGCGGUUUUUCCUGUUUUGUGAGUGUUUUUCGAGUUUAAUUUCGUACUUUAAUCGUUAAUAUAGUUUGUUAUCUACGUAUCCUGAUUGUUUCAUACGUUGUUAGAACAAUUCGUGUCGUAUUUUGCGUGUUUUUGAUAAAAUUUCGGUGAAGAUCUCUGCGAAUAUUUCGCUGGGAGCGCAUGCGGAGAGCAACAGUCUGAGGUCGAGACACAGUGUUGCCAGAUUUUCAGUAGAGGAAUUUAUAAAGAUUGCUUUUAAGGCCUUGGCAACAACGCAGACGUCCACCGAUCGCCGGUCGCCAACCUAGACGCGCCGCCGAUCGUCGCCGACGACGUCGGACCCCGCCAACCGCCGCCGCCUCACCGCUACCGCCGCCACGGCCAUAGCCGCGCUUCGCUUCCAGACACGAGAAAUGCUGCUGCCGCUCCCGACGCGCGCCGGAAAAGGACAAAGCCAUCGAAUCGUACGUGACAGAGAGAGAUCCGAAUAGUGGAGAAUCGAGUGAAGCGACGAACCUUUGUUACGUAAGAUUCAGUAGGAAUUCGUCUGUCGGUUCGAUUCGUGGCUGUCUGUGAUCGGUUCGGCACGUCUACUUUGUCGUCGUGUAAUCGGUGUGAAUUUUGAGGACGAAUCCAAACAGAAAGAAUCAAAGUUGGAAUGGAUAAUUAGUUAACUGUGAACAUAGACGUAACAACUGUCUGGCCCCGAGUGUUCUGUGUGCUGAUUUGUUUUGUUUUAUUUAUUGUAGUGACGUUUUUUUAUUGGAAAAGUUCUGGAUUUCCAUUAAAGAAGUUAUUUUAGUGUUUCUAUUUUUGGGGUAGUGAAACUUAAAGAGCGGGAGACUUGUGUAAAAUAGUGUAACAGUACUGGGACCAGUUACGCAUUGAUGAGGAUUAUUUAUUGGUUUUGGACUCAACUAUAAUUAAGAUGGCAUCUUAUCGAAAUGAAAACUCCAACUUCUUUUCCUGAGAUCUGACGCUCCACCGCACCCCAACUCCGAGCCGAAAAUGAUGGAAGUGACGCCCCACCUGAAAACCGUCCUAAAGAACUACCAGUACAGCGCUACCAAGUCGCUCCAGGGCCCCGGCUUAUCCCUCAACCCGUCGCCGAUCAAGAACGAGGUUCCUCCUAGUCCGGAAGGUACCAACAACGAUGAGGACUUCCAACCAUCCCCGGUACCUUUUCCGGUGCAGCAGGUGCCCAUUCUCGCCGCUCCCGACACCUCGUGCAGCGAGAGGAGCGAGACCAUUUUGGAGGGCGAGGCGAUUUCUUGCUUCGUCGUCGGGGGCGAGAAGAGGUUGUGUUUGCCGCAGGUACUGAAUUCUGUACUGAGGGAGUUCACACUGCAAGAAAUAAAUCGAGAAUGCGAUCAGCUACAGAUAUACUGUUCGCGAUGCACGCCAGAACAACUCAACGUCUUGAAAAGCCACGCUAUACUGCCUUCUGGAGCGCCCAGUUGCGGUCUCAUCACCAAAACGGAUGCGGAACGUCUUUGUAGCGCCCUUCUAUUUGGAGCACAUAAAAACAAUCAGCCUCUAAGGCCCAGGAAAGGUGCCACGUCGUUUCCAGUAUAUCACGAGUGUUUUGGCGAGGCCAGGGGGCGAUGCUAUCCAGAACUGUUCACUGGAAAACAUACGAAAUGUAUUGAGUGUUCAGAUUGUCAAGGCGGUUUCAAUCCUCAGCAGUUCGUCUGUCACGUGCAUAGGAAUUUGGAAAAUCGAACGGUACAUUGGGGUUUUGACUCCAGUAGUCAUUGGAGAUCGUAUCUUCAUGUGCCAGAUGAAGAAUCCGAUAAAGACAAUUGGGAGAAAAUUCUGGACGAGAUGCUGGAAAGGUAUUUGGGCAAAAUUCCUUUCCCACCUCCCCCAGUGGUGGAGAGUACAGUAAAAAGAAAACAGAUUCCUGCGACUGAUGUGGUUAAGGACCAUCAAGCAACCUUGUCGGAUUUACCACUCAAGAAACAAAAGUUGGACGAAUAUUUGGGUAACUUGGGUCGAGUACCGCCGUUUGCUCUUCCAGCAGCAGCUGCAGCCGCCAUUAUGCAGCAACAAAUAUACUCAGCACUAGAACCAGUUUAUAUCCAUCGAUGUUUACAAGAAUUUAAUGUAAGAAGCCAUCUCAGCGCAUUCAAACCGGUAACUCAGAGUAUUAGAGAGCAGAAACUUCGAAGUGCUAACGCGUUAGGGUUAGCAGCUAGAUGUACCGCCGACCCACCACUUCUACAAAACCCAGACAGAGUAGUUCCCAUAUCUGAAUCAGAAAGGUUUGAAAGGAGUUACCAACCUAACGUGGCUCUAGCACCUCCCACACCCAAGAAGCAUCGCUACGGAAAAAUCCAUGAGACGCAAUCUAAUCGUACUAGUCCUCCAGUCGAAAAAGCUGAUAUCCCCACUCUCGACCCACCGUCACAGUCGUCUCUGACCAACGGGCAUCAUCAUGUUAAGGAAGAAACGGAAGUUGUUAAUACGCCACCCUCAGACAAAGGUGUUUCCGUGGUCCAAAUGAAUAAUCCGGAAAUAGAAUUAUCUACUGAUACGGAAGAUAGUGCCUCGGAGACUUCGGAUAAACACACCCCGAACCACGUUAAAUUGGAAGAAGCGCUUAAAGCGGUUAAAGACGAGGACGUGCGUGAUAAGAUAAUGGAACUGUUCCGAAACGUGGCGAAAGAACGCGAACGUGCCGUUUUUGAAAUUCAUUCCAAGGAUCAGAGCAGGAUCGAAGAUCUGGAGCGCGAAAACGCCGAGCUGCGCAAAGAACUCGAACAACUGCGCCAGCGUAUAAGCGAAGAAGCGAAAAGUGAAAGCGUAUCCAGCUCUUCCAUUAUAGUUCAGUCGACGGAGGAGCCGCCCUCCGCGCCCACGCCUGUGCCCCAAAGCGUGAUAGCGACGGUUGCCAGCGUACAGAACGGCGUCGAGGCGCAAGAAGUGAUAAAGAACACUGCGCCGGAAUGAUCCGUCAUCGUGAUGCGCAAGCGCAGUGUUACAAAGUGAUUUCCGAAGUACCUCGGUAUUUCGAACGAUCCCGUAUACCUGAAAAUGGUGCUAUUUGUUUUGUUAGUGGGGUUGUAGAUGGGCGGGUGUACGGGAAUAAAUGUUUGGAAACUUGCCAAAAUAUUACACAAUCAGUAUCCAAAAUAUAUAUUUACGUUUAAAUUCAACACUUUGAGCUAAAGGUUUUUUCACACACAUCAGUAAAUCAUCAAAUUAUUGACGUGAUAUAAAUUAAAUGCCUUAUCUUGCCUAAGUCCAAAAAUUAAUAAUUAUGUUUGUUGGUAGUUCAAAUGGACAUAAUAAUUAGUUUUAAACUUUAAGUCUUUUGUGGAUUUGUGAAAAUAGCUGGAGAUAUUCUAAGUUAAGAAGAGAAGCAUAUUUCUAAGUGAUCAUUGUAUCUAUUGAAAUAUUUAUUGUGGCAAUGGAUAUGUAAGUUAGGGUUGCCAACUUUCAAAAUAAAAAUAGAGGAUGAAAGGGUAAAAAAGAGGCACAGGUGAAACAUUUUUUGAAACCUCGCUCAAAUGUCUAGAAUUUACCAAAAAGUUAUGUCAAUGGUAUGUGAUUGAUGGUCUUUCUUACUUUCUUAACAAUAUUUACACUCAAAACUUGUUAAAAUAAACCAAACCAUUUUCACCAAAACUUUUUCAAAACAUGAGCUAACAUAAGAAAACAUAAAAUAGUUAAACAUGUUUAUC